AUGAUGAUUGAUACUAGUGAUGAAAAUCGAAUUAUUCAACGAAGAAAUUCAUCACCAUCUGAAAAACAUAUUAAAGAUAAUGAAAACUUGGUAACAUUAACAUCAAUUGCAACACCAACAGCAUAUGAUUGGGAAAGUGAUAAAAGACGUUCGAAACCUUUUGAUGAUGGAACAAUGAGUUUUUUUUGGCGUGCACAUACAAUAACAUGUCUGGUUAUAGCUAUGUCAUAUUUAUUCUAUAUUGCUCUUGUGGAACAACCAUCGGAAGAUUCGUCUUAUAAUACGAAACGAGGUCUUCUAGCAUGUGCUGGUUUUCUUCUUGUCUUUGGUAUGACACAAACACCUGAUGGUGUUUUUGUUCGACCUCAUCCUGCUCUUUGGCGUUUUGUACUUUGUUUCAGCCUACUCUAUGAAAUUGUGCUUAUCUAUAUUUUAUUUCAAACAGUCGAUGAUGCAAGACAAUUAUUAAAAACUAUUGAUCCAUCAUUAGGUGUACCAUUACCAGAUAAAGACUAUGGUGGGACAUGUCGCAUUUAUGAUUGGGACAAUCCAGAAGAUCCAUUUUAUGCUUUUAAAGUAGGAGACAUGCAACAGAGAUGGGAUUGA